AUGACCUUCAAUGAGAUCAACAUGGAGAGGCUGAGUCUGGGUGGUAAGCUGGCAAUAUCUCUGGAGAAUCUCCCGACCGAGCUCAUUCACCGCAUCGCGUCGUACUGCGAUGUCGCCGACGUACACGCCCUCACCUGCGUGUCCCGCGCUAUCCGCAUGUCAUGCAGCAAUCCCUUUGUCUUUCAAGCUCAGUUCUGCCACCAUGCACCCGAUCCCGAGUCCAAAACAGUCCCAAACAAGUACACGCUGGCGCACAUUGUCAACAGCGCCUUGAUCAGCCGACCCGAAUCCGACGCAAGAACUAUCUGGUCCCACCUCGCCGCCGUCGCCUCAACCCUCCCAAACCUCUCGGACGAACUCGAUGAGCUCAUGCUCCCCUACCGAGCAGUGUCUUGGCAAUCCGCCGGCAGUGUCAAACUUCCCAGCUCCGAACUCCUCCGGAAGACCCAAGCUUUGAUCGGCACAUUCUCCACUUUCGCCGUCCUCGGGUAUAUCCCUUCUAUUGACCUAGGCGUCGCCGCAGCGACGACAGGCCUCCUCAUCACCCUCACAGAUCCGCACAACUGGGCCUCCUACAUCCACGUCUUGCCCCAGAUCAACAGGCUCGUGCGCCAGCAAGCUUUCGUCCUCGCGUUGGGCCUGCUGCAGACACAGGUCUUGAACAACCUAGGCAUCAUGGCAUACCACCUCUCCAAGAUGGCAACCUGGGACGACACGCACACCGCCUUCCACCGCUUCAAGACGUCGUGGGAAGGGAGGCAGACGGCCGCGUUAUUGGUGCAGGUUCUGCUUGCGCACCUGCUCCGAAGCAGCUUUUCGGCAAGGCCGGCGAGCGAAUAUCUGCCGUCUCCGCGGAGGCUCCCGCUGGCGAUGGUGCAUGAUGAAGCGGGAGGUGCGAUUGUGCCGCUGCCGGACCCGUUGUCGCCGGAGCAGGCUGAGCGAAGGCUCACGGCGUUUUCAUCGACUGGGUCCUGGGACCGGUGGAACCGAAGGUACGUCCGCCACCUGGCGCAGGAGAUGGAGGACGGAGAGUGGUACGGGUACUUCACCUGGGACACGGCGCGCAAUCAAGCGACGUUUCUCGAGACUGGGCCGAUUGAGAACAUACGGUUCAGGUUUGGUGCGAAGGAGUCCGCCGAUGGCACGAUCGAGGUCAUUGCCGAUAACUGCAAAGAGCCGUCUGGUCUAUUUGCUCUUCACGGUGAAGUUGAUACGUCACUGCAUAGCAUCAUGCUGAAGAAGAUCAGCCCAAGGGGGGUUGAGUGCAAUUAUCGUGGUUGGUUCACUCCAUUAGGUAUUGCUGGAACCAUGAAUCCAUCGCCAUGGGGCUUGCCAGGGUGGUUCUGGAUUUGGAAGAAGGAAUGGAUGGAGGACACUCCAUUAUCCUAG